CACCUUUUCGUUGUAAUAAUAAAAUUGUAAUAAGUGGUGGGUUUUACAUGUCGGUGGAAAUUUAGGAAAAUAUUUGGUACGUGUAGACUUUUACAAGAAGAAAAGUUGAAAGAAAAUAGAAGUGGUAAGAAAAAAAUAAAUAAAAAGAAAACAAUUGACAUUUCUCUUGUGUAAAAUUAAUAAAUACCCACAUCUUCAAAAUUUUAACCCAAAUCUUAAAUUACCAAAAAUCCCAUAUUUUAUUGCUUCAAUACAGCAUAUAUACACAACUCCAUUAAAAAUUUAAAAGCACAUCCUUAGCUUUCCACCCCCUAAAAAAAGGAGAACCCACUUUUCAUUUACUUUCAAUUUUCAUUUUUGCUCAAUUUUUGUGAUCAAUCUUCAAUUGAAUUGAACUGGAAAUUAAUUAUUGGUGUGAGCAUUGAUAUUGCUAGGGUGUUCCUCAUUGCCUCAUGGGACUGUUGUGACUGAAAUUGUUGGCUGAUUUCGAGUUUCGACGAGUGGCUUAUAUGUGUAUAUAAGCUGUGGGGUUUGGGUUGAAUUGUUGAAGUGAGUCAUAUCCUGCAUUUGAUCUUGUUGGGUUGUAAUGGGUUGUAAUUGCUCGAGACUAUCGACGUGUUGCUGGGAACCAGGGCAUGAUGGGAAGAAACCGGAACCUGAGACAGAGAAUGAGCAGAAGGGCGAGCCUGAUGAUACACCUACAUUUCGUGAGUUCAGCAUUGAACAACUUAGGACGGCGACAUCUGGCUUUGCAGUUGAGAAUAUAGUUUCAGAACAUGGAGAGAAGGCUCCCAACAUUGUGUACAAAGGGAAGCUAGAGAACCAAAAGCGGAUUGCGGUAAAACGUUUCAACAGGUCUGCUUGGCCUGAUGCUCGGCAGUUCUUGGAAGAAGCAAAAGCAGUUGGUCAGCUGCGAAACAACAGAUUGGCUAAUUUGCUUGGUUGUUGCCAUGAAGGUGAUGAGAGAUUACUUGUUGCAGAAUUCAUGCCAAAUGAAACACUAGCGAAGCAUCUGUUCCAUUGGGAUGCACAUCCUAUGAAAUGGGCAAUGCGGUUGCGAGUGGCAUUGUAUCUUGCACAGGCCCUAGAAUACUGUACCAAUAAGGGGCGUACUCUGUACCAUGAUCUCAAUGCGUAUAGAGUUUUGUUUGAUGAGGAAGGUGAUCCUAGACUUUCCUGCUUUGGCUUGAUGAAAAAUAGUAGAGAUGGGAAAAGCUACAGUACAAAUUUGGCCUUUACUCCACCUGAGUAUUUGAGGACUGGUAGAGUGACUCCAGAGAGUGUGAUAUAUAGUUUUGGAACCCUUUUGCUUGAUCUGUUAAGUGGAAAGCAUAUCCCUCCAAGCCAUGCUCUUGACCUGAUUCGUGACAGAAACAUUCAAACAUUGAUGGAUUCUUGCUUGGAAGGCCAGUUCUCUAAUGAUGAUGGGACUGAGUUAGUACGUUUAGCUUCGAGGUGUUUACAAUAUGAGCCACGUGAGCGGCCAAAUCCAAAAUCACUUGUUGCUGCCUUGAUUCCUCUUCAGAAGGAAACAGAGGUUCCAUCGCAUGAGUUAAUGGACAUACCUCAUGGUGCAGCAGAUAUAUCUCUCUCUCCUCUUGGAGAAGCUUGCUCCAGAAAAGAUUUGACUGCCAUACAUGAAAUAUUAGAAAGUAUUGGGUAUAAAGAUGAUGAGGGAGCUGCUACUGAGCUUUCUUUUCAGAUGUGGACCAGUCAAAUGCAGGAUACACUGACCUCUAAGAAAAAGGGUGAUGCUGCCUUUAGGCAAAAGGACUUCAAGACAGCAAUAGAAUGCUACAGCCAAUUCAUUGAUGUUGGAACCAUGCUGUCACCAACAGCUUUUGCCCGUCGUAGUCUGUGUUAUCUCAUGAGUGACAUGCCACAAGAAGCACUUGAUGAUGCAUCUCAAGCACAAGUUAUAUCUCCGGUGUGGCAUAUUGCUUCUUAUCUACAGGCUGCUGCAUUAUUUGCUCUUGGAAAAGAGAAUGAAGCGCAGCUUGCUCUGAAAGACGGAUCAUCCCUUGAAAACAAAAGGAGUGGUGGCUGAUAGUAGCUUUUUUGGGUAACCGUUCUUCAUUUUUCAUAUUGCUGCUAUAGCAUUGAUGUACAUGGAGUUAUUCAAGGAUCUUCAAAGCAGUCUUUUAUUUUUUAUUUUUUUUAUAAUCAUCAUUCUUUGAUAGAACUACAGGUUAAUUUGGUUGAACAGUUUGCUUUAGUGAGUUGAUGUGGUGUAACUUUCAAUUCUAUAGAGGGAUUCGUUUUUACAUAGAAAUCAGAUGAUGAAGAAUGUUUUGUACAGUUGAAUUUUGCUGCUGCUUUGCUGAAGAUGAUUGAUAAAUCCUAUGUUUUUAGA